AUGCAAAACUUCACUAAAGAUCUUACGGUAGAAAUUAAAGUGUGCAAACACCACGACACAAAAAUGCACACUUUCGUGGAUUUUCAGUCUCAUUUUCUCGGCGGACACGGCGAAUCGACGCAGCUGAAUCCGUGCUGCUGGAGGAGUCAUGACUGCUCUCAUCCAGAAAAACACCACCAUCCCGACCAAGACCGCCCAGACCUUCACCACCUACUCUGACGACCAGCCGGGAGUGUUGAUCCAGGUCUACGAGGGAGAACGUGCCCUGACCAAGGACUCUCUGGAAUCCCAUCAGCGCGACGCGGAGUCCCACAAAUCGAGGCCACCUUCGACAUUGACGCCAACGGAAUCCUCAACGUGUCUGCCACCGACAAGUCGACUGGAUUAUGA